UACCCCAGGCUCGCCGCCGCCUUCACCAGGAGGCGGUACUCCAGGGGCCGGGCCGUGGUGCAGGAGGGCGAGCCGGGCCACGAGCUGUUUGUCAUCGAGAGUGGCACGGCGAGGGUUCUCAUGGGCGGCCGGGAGGUGGCCACGCUGGGCGCAGGGCAGCACUUCGGCGAGGUGGCGCUGCUCACCGACGCGCCGCGCAACGCCACCGUGGUGGCCGGCGACGAGCUGAGCGUGAAGAGGCUGACGCGUGCCGAUUUCGAGAGUCUGGAGCUCAAGAGUACAGCUGACAGCGAGAAAGGCGAUCAGACAGGCCGACGUGGCCGACGAUAA